AUGGUACGAGGAAUUUCUUCAGAUCCAUGUUACCGCUACAAUGGUCUCAUUGAGAUACCGGACAUGGACACACGUCACCCGAGCAUAAAGAUUGGAACAGUGGCAUACUCACAAGAUGUUUACAAACUGAGGUUCGGGCUGUGGUACAUCUCGGACUUUCCGUUGACCUCAGCGGCUGUGGAAAACGGCCAUUGUGGAACAAAGUUUCCCAUUUGGGUUAAUGGAUCCACACCAACCCCAGGCGAGGGUUAUGUCAACCUCACUGCAUGUGUGAAAGACUACAACGACACAUGCGCGGACACCGUCACCGUGCUCGCCAAGAACUGUGGUUAUUACUACGUCUACUGCUUUUGGAACCUGCCGUACGCUGACCAGAGAUUCUGUUUCGAUGUUGACCUGAGUAAAGUAACAACGACAACAAAAACGACUACAACCGCUACGACAACAACAACCAAACAAACUGCUACAAAAGCAAAAACAGCGGAAUAUUAUUACCAUGAUCCUUCGAAGCAAUCCGGAGAUUCCAAGUGUGACUGUUCCAAAAGUGAAGGGGUAGCUAUAGGCUUGGGAGUGACCUUGGCAUUGACAUUUUUCAUUUUCGUCAUUAUCUGCGCUUGUAGAUACACUCCUAAAAAAAACAUUGUGUGCGGAGAUGUUUCUUCCCCCAAGUAUAUACAGCAAGAACAUCCCGCCAGUUGGAACAGCAAUGCAGAAUACCACACAACCUGAUACUGUUUAAUGGCAUGUUUUGGAUACUGUGAUUGUUUUAUGACUUUAACAUUACUGAAAAUAUGAGGACUUUAGUUUGCAUUGCUUAAAAUAUUGCUUAUUUGCUACUUUGAUAAUUACUGCUUAUUUCGUUUAUGGUAGUUAUCGAUGUCAUUUAUUUAUGGAAAGUAACAAACUGCAAAUUAGUCCGACACAGCACAAUAUCAUAAGACACAGUGCAAAGUCUUGCAAUAAUUAAACAUGAAUACAUCUGGAAUAACCGCCUUUGAACUGUUAUAGCAAAGAAUGGGGGGGGGGGCAACCACUUGUAUGGUUAUCCAAACCUCACACUCAGCCUUGGGCUAUUCACACAGAUGUCCAAAUUUACACAAUGCUCAACGCAAAAAGGGAAAACAAAAAAGGAUAUGCAUAAUCCUGAAUCGCCA